AUGAGCUUUAAGAAAGUCUUAUAAAAUAUAGAAGAAAAUCAAAAUUAGUAUCAGUUGAGAUAUGAUAGUGAUAAACAUCGAACUAAUUGUAGAUAUAUAAAAAGAUCUUUUAAAAUUAAGUCUAAUAUCGUUCAAUAAUUUGAUUAAUUUAUUGGAAAUGUAGAUGAAAAAAACAGAUCAAAAAUUUAUAUAAAUUGGACAAUUGAUUAAAUCAAAUAAACUGAGUAAAUUGAUCAGAAAUCAUUAAUUGAUUAAAUUAAAUAAAUUAACUAAUUAUGGAAUCAAACAUUAAGAAAAAACUAAAUUUAUUUAAAUUAUUUUACAGUUAAAAAUGUGAAGAAAAAGUUUAGAGAUAUCAAUGAAACGAAAGAGUUUAUAGUGAAUAAAGUAAAAAUCAUAAAAUUAUUAUAUAGGCAUAAAAAGAAGUAAUUUAAGAGGAGAGUGAAUAAUUGAUGAUGUAUAAGUAAGUUGAAUUUAAAUCAAUUGAUAAUUCAAAUUAAUAGAGUUAAAGGUUUGUGCAAUGG